CCUUAAAUGCCGGCUUCUCUGUCCAUGAGCCUGUAAAGAGUGACAUACGUAACUAGAGGUUUCAACUGCUACACAAAUUUGUAUCAAAUUUAAAGAUUCUUUAUCUAACUUGAAUGCCUGAAUCUGUGCAGCCUGUUGCCUGCAUAAAUCCUUCCCUGAACCACCCUCAUGCACUUCACACUUUUACUUUUGCAGAUACUGUUGACUGCUCUUAAUGAAUCAAAAACCUGGAGAAGAGGAAGGGAACUAGGGUUGCGGAAGUCUGAAGCUCCAACACAUAUGAGCUUCUUUCGAGCUGCAUUGAGAGGGCGGCAAAGGGUGUUAUCAUGUGCUAGAGAUGCUAAUAUUUGCUUGGAUCGUGAGAAGAAUCCUUGGGGUGGCACCAUUUGUUGUUUUCAACAGUUUUGCAGGGAUACUCUUAGGGAUUCCAAUAACUGUGGAGCAUGUGGUCGGGCAUGUGGUUAUGGACUCGUUUGCUGUGAUGGAAAGUGUGUUGAUAUUCAGAAUGAUCCUCACAACUGUGGCUCUUGUUUUGAAGAAUGUCCUGGACAGAAUCGUUGCUCCUUUGCAAUGUGUGAUUAUGGGUGAUAGAUUAAUAAAUUUAGUGCUUAAAACAAUUCUUCCUUCUGUUUCAGUUAUGCAGCUUUAAUUGUUCACUCUGGCAUUCGUCUUUUGCUGGGUUCUUCCUGGUUCUUAUUUCUCUUCUAAAUAAUGAUUCUGCCGAAGCUACUGAAAUUCAUCAUUG